AUGGAGGGAGCCAGCGCAGCGUCCAAGCCAGUUUCCAAGGAAAAGCGCGAUUCAGCAACUACGACCCCUAAAAAUUCCUCCAGACCAUCUUCAAGAGGCUCAAAUCACAAGCGCCAACGCACCGACCCAAAAAUGGCAAUGGAGUCUUCAGCUGAUUUUAUAUCACUGGAUUUUUCAGAUGGCGCUGACGAUGAACCGGUCGAGGCGGAAUACCUUGGCUCCAAGCGCUCCAAGCGUACACCUUCGAAUACCGGAAACACCACCCCAGUAACUACGAAUGGUCACAGUACACAGGAUGAAGACGACCAGGAAGGUGGCGUAGAGGAAAAGACAGCGAAAAAGAACAAGAGAAAGAGAAAGCCUCUCAGAAAAUUAUCCAAGGAAGGAGAAAAUGAUGCGAAACAGGAAGCUGAUAAGGCAAAACAGCCGAUAUCUCCAAGCUUAAAUUCCAGAGGCGAUUCAUCAGAUGAGGACGGUGGUGUCAGCAUUGGAAUACCCUCAAAUGGUGCUCACGCUUUGAAAGAUGACGAGUCCGAAAAUGAGGAUGAGGAUAAGGACUCUUCCACUCGACGCGCUUUGAAUGACAAAAGGCUCAAUGGCGCACGAACUCCUGGGCGGGAAGAUGCCCAAAAGCCUGGGUCUGUGGAAAUUACAGUUGCGACAGCUUCUAAUCCAGAGGGUUCUAAUGUUGACACAGCAGCCGCCAGCGAGGAGCUUGAGAAAGAUUCCGCAAAAACAAACGGGAAGACCAAGGAGAAGAAACGAAGGUCAAAGAAGAAGAAGAAGUCAGUGGCAGAGGCGGAAAGAAAUGCAAAAAUUGAACUACCCAAGGGCGGGGGGUUUAAAAACAUUUCUGACAGAAAGGAUGAGGAUGACACGUCAUCAUCAUCAUUAGGCGAUGAUGACGAUGAAGGGCUGGAGAUCCACGUUGAUCUCGACAUGGUUGACAUUGAUGGUGAUGAAAAGGCUAAAAGUAACCACAUUAGCGAUGAAGAAGGAGAAGUUGUAGAAAGCCUAGCAAAGAAGGACGUUAUAGCUGUGCUCGACGAGAAUGAAGAUGACGACGGGGGUGAAUCUCCUCUCGUUGAUCAGGAUGUAGCCAUGCGGCAGCGGAAGUACUAUUCUGCAUAUAUACUGCCGCCGUUUAGGCUUGAGGAGGCGCGUCCUUACUUCGACUCAACUUCAGGUGUAGACUUUACAGCAGAUGUGAUACAGGAACGAGAGCUUGCCGCUGUAAUGGUGGUAGCUUUUUCGGAGAGUAAAAGGAUAUGUACUGUUUGUACCAAAUCGGGGCACUCGGAAGAUAAUUGUCAGGAACUAAAGUGUAAACAUUGUGGAAGCUGGAAUAAGCACUUUUCACACGCCUGCCCAGAUAUCGAGAAGAAUGAAGAAGCAGAGCCACGCGUAAUAGACCAUUGGCGCCGUAUCCCCGCUCACCGUCACAAACCAAUCCAAGCUUCGAAGAAAUCCCUUCCCCUUUACUGCUACUACUGUGCCGGAAGCGACCAUUAUGGUGAUGAAUGUCCCCGGUGCCCACCACCUCCAAUUAGCGGCUCCUUCUCGUUGUCAGAAAUCAAUGUAAAUUCUUAUGCGACCCAGGAAUGGCUCUUGGAAUCCGCCGAUAAACUCGAAACCCUUGGAUCAGCUAAAGGAAAUCCUACAUUUGGGGCAGCGGGGACUAAAAUGACGAUGAAACCAGCACUGGACCCGUUCAGAGACAUGCGAAAUUUCGAUAGGGAAGAUCCAUUCCCGAAGCGCGCACCCCCUGCUGGGCCGUCUAGGGGCAAGGACUCUUACAAGUCGAGGAACGCCCAGAGAGAUGGUAAUGGUGCAUCAUACCGCCAGCGGAGCCCUGCCAGGGACCCUGUAUUUGAUAGAUAUCGUGAACCUUUGCCACCCAGGCCGGUCUACGGACUGCCUCCAAGACCUCGCUCACGCUCACGAAGCCCACCGCGUAAUAGGAAUGGUGGUCGACCAGGCGGAAACGGAGGAGGUGGGGGUAGAGGCGGUGGUGGGGGUGGAGGUAGAGGUAGAGGUGGGGCCCAUAUGUAUGGGCCUCCACCGGAAUUUCACAAUCGCCCUGCAGCUCGCGAACCAAGGAGGGGUUACGAAUCGCAUUCACAACCCCCAUUGCCAAGAGAGCCAGCGCCCAGGCGUACAGAGGCGUAUAGACCGAUGCCGUCGAGUGCCAAAGGGAAUUGGCAGAGAUAUAAGACCUAA